GGACCUUGCUUUUCAUCCUUUUGGUGUGGUUUCUUGUACUUAGAAACAGUUAAGCCCAGAACAAUUUCAAAUGGCGGAUGAGAAUUGGGGCAAUGACCCUGACUGGUCUCUGCCUUUGCAGACCUUCGAAUCUAUUCUGGGCAUAGGUGGAACUGCUGGCCUGAACUCGGGGACUGGAAAUGAUGAGACGCAAGUCGAUCUAUUCCCACUCGUGUUUAACCACAACAACACAAAUGGAAACCAAGACAUUGACAACAACAACAACAGCAACAGCAACACUCUUGAGGUCCUUGGAUUGAACGCAUUCGGGGGGCCAGUGGCAGAAAACAACCAGCUCUUCAGGGAAGGACCUGCUGCGGCGUCUCAACUCGACACCUCUACUGGAACAGCCCCUGCUAGUGAUCUUCCAACUCCGGUCCCUGGCCAGACCAGUCUUGAGGCAAACAGCUCUCCGUCCUUUGUGCAGAAUCCCAGAUCUAGCCCCUCGUAUCUCUUUUCGAGCGAGGUUACCCCUGGCGUUUGGGGAAUCCCUGGCUUUAGCAACGGUGGCACUGGAGCCCAAAGCUCUUUGGAUUUUCCAAACUUUGACAACGGGGCUUCAGGCUACAUGGAUUCUUUGUCUACUGCUGCCCAGGCUCCUCCUGUCAAUUAUGACCAGGGAAAAGCAUUGUAUCCUGCUGACAUCUUUGGUGACUUCGCUUCUGUACCAACUGGUUCCGCUGGCCCUUCUCAUGAUUCAGUUACUAUUACUCAAGGAGUGACUGAUUCUCAGGGAGCAGCUUUUCCCCAGGGACAGGGUCUCUCCGUUAUUUCUCAUGGCCCAGCUCCUGUCGUUCAAGGUCUAAAUGGCAAUGCUCAAAGCGCAGGUCAUUACCAUCAAGACCCAGAUUUUAUCCAUGGUCCAGCGGUUGCUGCUCAUGACGCAGCUCAGUCUCAGGGCUUAUCUUCUACCGCACAGAGACCUGCUUUCAUCCGUGGCCUAGCUGGCAUUUCUCAAGGGACAGCUCAUUCUCGGGUCCCAGCCCGUGCAGUAGAAGGAUCAGCUUUUACUGCUCAGGGUCCUAUUGCCCCCGCCCCAGUUGUCCGUACUCCAGCUUUCAUGCCGCCAGCAUUGAAUGCUCCAGCACAGACUGCCAUCCUUCCCACGCCAACCAUUUCUGCUAUUCCUGCUGCACAAGGUUUCCAACCCAUGCAGUUUGCCGUACCUGUCGAUGACGAAGACGAAGUUCUCCCUGAGUUUCAGGAAGAAAUGGCAACUCUUAUGCACCCAGAGAUAAAUAUGUGUGAUAUGCAGACCCAUUUUUCAUCUCUUGGGGAAGCAAGAGCCUUUAUUAAUCACAAGACUGUCCCCGGCCCAGAUCCCACCAUUCCGCAUACUGAUGAGCAGAAGAGGGCUAUUGUUAAAGCCAUGUACAACCAUAUGAUGUCCACUAGAAGGGCACUAGAUAACCGUGGAAUGGUAAAGCCUUUUGAGUAUGGCAAAUACUCCAGCACUCGAGCCGAGAUCGCAUGUUGGGAGAUUCUGGAAGCCACUAUUGCUCGCCAUUUAUUUGGCCCUCUUCUUCACGAGAAGCGCAAACAGACAGGAAAUAUGAACACAUUCGCCAGGAGAAUGGCUGCGAUCAUGGAGUCUCUGGAGUUUCGAAAAACCAUUUGCAAGCACCUCCUCGACCAGCCAUACAUCUGCCAAUUUGUUGAUGAUCCCAAGGGCUCUCAAAAGCGCGUCAUGUCAAACAAAAUGUUGAAUGCGCGCAAGGGUGAAGUUAUGCGUGCUGGGAAACAAGCUCUGGGCGCUGGAAGGGCCACCAGGAGACAGUCUCAGCCCGACACCCAACCCCAGCAGCCAGCCAAUCAACCGGAAGAUCAAGUGAAGCGCGAGGAAGAUUGCGUUCAGAGUGCCAUUGCAAGUGCAACAACUGCUGAAGGGUACAGGCCUCUCGCACCCAAGCCCCAGCGCCAAGAGAGAAUGAGAGCACAAACAAUGGAGGCACCUCAUUGGGGCGAAUAUCCAACGACUCUCUCGGGUGUAGGCCCUUCAAGGAUGGCUGCGCCCUCUACUACUCGCAGAGUGGUCGAUGACCGUUCCGAGAGACGUUACCCUCAGCCCACUAUGCAUCAUCGCUUCGCUCCGCAAGCACCCACCCAAGCACCCGCCCAGCCUAUUCAUCCCAGCAUUGCGGGCCAGGAAUUUAGCCACCAUCACCCUCAAAUCGGCCAGGCCACACGUCGUCUCACUGCACCAACUUCCCAUUCCAGCAUGGGCGGAUACCCGAUGAACCCCCAGCCUCUCACUCGCAGCAGAUCGGAUAACAUUGGCUCCUUGACGGGCAUCGUCCCACGGAACUCUAUCGGACUAAAUGUGAUCAAUUCAGGAUAUCCAGCUGGGUUCCAGCAAGGUGAUCACCAGAACAUCCUUCCAAACGGCGUCUUAGGCACCCGCAAGCGCCGCAGCCCUGACACCGGUUUCCACGAGUCUUCGCCAGAGAAAAGAAUCCGGUAG